AUGAAAUACCUUGCUCUCGCUUUACUUGCCUCCACUGCCGCUGCUCAGCGGUUUAUGUUCUGGGCUGAAACAUCCAACGACGAGUACAACGGAAAAGGCCUCUAUGCCAACAAGGAGGCUCAUUCGGGAAUCGACUACAUCUUCGUCAGUGACAGAGCUAUUGGUUUAGAGUACGAUGAACGUGACCAGGAGCUCGAAGGCUGGGACCUGGAAAUGGCCAUCAUCGGCAACAGUUUGGUGAUGGCCUCUCGUGGUGAUUAUGACGACGACACGGCCAUUGUCGAUGGCUACCUUAGCCUCAGAACCAAGACUUGGGUGUGCAAAGUAACCCAGGAUCCAAACGGGUACCAGAGAGACAACUUGGUGUACGUUACGGAUGGUCCACCUCAAGAUGACUGUUCGGAGGUUCGCUUCCGUGCUGAGAGAGACGGCACUGGCGGCCCUUCGUCUAGUUCUUCCCCUUCAACUACCCACCCAACUUCUUCCCUCCCUACAUCUGACCACACCUUCACUGUGCCAACGAUUUCGCAUCCUACUGGAUGGAACACCACCAUCACCACCACCACUCUCACUGACAUUACCACUUACUGUCCAACUGAAACCACCAUCACUAUCACCACAUGUGGCCCUCAGACUUGUAACCCUACCACGAUUACAGUUUCUGAGCCAACCACCGUGACGGUUUCUUCAUGCAUUCCUCCUACUUCGCCACCACCACCAGGCACUACUACACCUGGUCCAAGCUCCGUCUUGCCUACUAGUCACUUGCCUACUGUGAGUUCCAUCAACAUUGGUGGUACUGCUGGUGCAUCCUUCCUCGCUGGUAUUGCUGGUUUGGUAGCUAUGCUUGCUUAA